AUGGCGGAGGUUCGGGACGACCACGAUGGACGCCCACGCUGCUGGGCAGAAGCGACAGCUGCGGCCAAGCAACCUUCCCGCAUGGCCAUGGAGGUGGAGGGACUGAGCGCCACCAUGGGGGUAGAGCGGCCAAAAAAAUUUGAGCCUAUCACUAAGUGGGAGUUUGAUGUUGAAGGGCAGCCUGCAAACAAUAUAGAGGAGGAUGACGAUGAUUACCUUAGAAAUCCUUUACCAGAGAAUGAACAUGUUGGUGUUGAUGAGGAGAUCAUGUACUUGGACAUUGUACCUAUGAAUGUUGUAGAUGUGCCUGGAUGUUCUGAAAAAGGGAAGGAAAAAGCAGUGGUUGAGGAUGGCUCAGAGGAUGAGUCUGAGGAUGGCUCAGAGGAGGAGUUUGAGGAUGAGGAUGAAUUAGAGGCUGAUGAGGAUGAGCCAUAUAAAGAAAGGAACACCGAAAAAGAGGAAGAAGGUUACCAAAUCAUCAGAGAGUUCCAUUGUGCCAAUGGAGGAUGA